UUCCUUCCUCUCCUUUUCCUCACCUUCUUCCUUUUCUUGCUUUCCAGGGUCAUCUCCAUACCGAGAGGAAAGGCAGUGGAGAACUCGUUUAGGCAGUAGAGCAACACAUAUAGACACAAAGGUGACCUUUUUCUGAUCAUGGGGAGCUGUUUUGGUUCUCCUGUGAAGGAUUUGAGCCCUCAUGAUUCCAGACCACCAUCCGCAGGCAUGGGCAGCGGCGUCGAGAAUGUUGAAGAUGCAUGUUGGGAAGGCCGGAUCCUGGAGGUUCCCAAUCUCCGGAUCUUUACCUUUGCCGAACUGAAAAGUGCCACUAAGAACUUCAAACCCGACACAGUUCUUGGGGAAGGAGGAUUUGGCCGGGUCUACAAGGGAUGGGUUGAUGAGAAAACACUGAAUCCGACAAGGACUGGGGUUGGGAUCACUGUAGCUGUGAAGAAACUGAAUCCUGAGAGUGUGCAAGGGAUGGAGGAAUGGCAGUCCGAAGUGAACUUUCUUGGAAGGUUGUCACAUCCCAACCUUGUCAAACUCUUAGGCUAUUGUUUGGAGGACCCUGAGCUUCUACUUGUUUAUGAGCACAUGGCCAGAGGGAGCUUGGAGAAUCACCUUUUCAGAAAAGGGUCAGCUUUUGAGCCACUUUCAUGGGAGCUCAGGCUGAAAAUAGCAAUCGGUGCAGCUCGAGGUCUUGCAUUUUUACAUUCAUCUGAGAGAAAAAUUAUAUAUAGGGAUUUCAAGGCCUCAAAUAUCCUUCUUGACUUGGACUUCAAUGUGAAGCUUUCUGACUUUGGUUUGGCAAAGAAUGGGCCAACUGGAGAACAAUCACAUAUCACCACCCGAAUCGUGGGCACCCAGGGAUAUGCAGCUCCAGAGUAUGUAGCUACAGGACAUCUAUACGUCAAAAGUGAUGUCUAUGGAUUUGGAGUAGUGUUGCUAGAAAUACUCUCUGGUUUGAGGGCACUUGAUAGCAGUCGCCCGAGCGGGCAAGUCAGCUUGGCAGAUUAUGCUAAGCCAUUUCUUGUGGAUCGAAGCAUGUUGAAUGACUUGAUGGAUCCAAAGUUGGACCGGAAGUAUCCUUCGAAAGCUGCUCAACAAGCUGCCGAUCUUAGCUUACAGUGUAUCUCUUCCAAUCCAAAAGACAGACCAGCCAUGAAGGAAGUACUCGAGAUUCUUGAGCGGAUAGCAGACAUAAAGAGAAUACCAAAGGAGUCUAAACCAAAGCUUCCAAGCCAGAACAGAAACGGAGGUCUUGGCCCGGUGCACCCAAGAUCACCACUUACUUUCCGGCAUAGACCUGGAAAUGGUGAUUAAGAUAGUAAAAUUCUCCAAGAACGCGAAGACACGAAAGAUUUGCUCUAGUUAAUGCAGCUUGGAAUCAAUAUCCAAUUUCUAUCCAUGUUGACCUUGAUAUUUUUAAAACAAGGCUUAUAAGUGCACUUCAUUUCCAUACAAUUGUUUAUAAGAGUUUGUAGGAUUAAGUAUAUGAACACUAAUUCUCAAAAUGAUUCCAAUGUAUUUUCUUCAUUCUCUGAA